UUAUAAAAAUAAUAUAAAAUUUUAGAAGUCAUAAUCAAAGAAAUAAUGGAGAAGUCUACAACGAUCUGCUCCCAUUCGCAUAACUAAUUUGAGGCUCAAUUGAGAUGGAGGUGGAAUGGCUUCUUGUAAUCCAUGGCCUGGUGACACUGCUAGUGUUGAUUUCUUUCCUCUGCGGCCAAUGGCCUAUUUUCGAAGGCACUUUCAUUCAAAAAAUCCAUUUUUUUCUCACUUUUGGUGCCUGUGAUUAUUUCCGCCGCUUUGUGGGUGCUAUGUUUGGUCAAAAAGGUUCCAAUGCACUCUUCUGUGUUGAGUACUAUUGUUGUGAUCGUCCUAAUCCUACUCUCCAGGUCAUAUAUUUGGGAAUAAUUGGAGCCAUUUACUACUUUAUUGUGCAGUCAUCCUUUAAGUACAUUCCUGGGCAUUACCUAGGUGAAGUGCACAGGUACAUAAGCUUGUUGGCAGUUGGUGGGGGUAUUCUCCUCUUUCUAUUGACUAGCUUUUCUGACCCAGGAACUGUGAAUGCUGUGAAUGUUUCACACUAUCUUUCUGCUUAUCCCUAUGAUAAUAUUAUUUUCUCAGAAAAAGAAUGUCCUACCUGCAAGAUCCCAAAACCUGCUAGGUCAAAGCACUGCAGCAUUUGUGAUCGCUGUGUUGCUAGAUUUGAUCAUCAUUGUGGAUGGAUGAAUAAUUGCAUAGGUGAGAAAAACAGCAGAUACUUUAUGGCUUUUCUUUUCUGGCAUUUUCUUCUCUGUGUAUAUGGGGCAGUUGCUAUUGCACUAGUGCUAGCUGGCAGGCUGAAAGAACUACGGGUUAUAGAUAUUCUUACUGUUUAUUAUGGCAUCGAGAAAUCAUUCAGUAGUUUGGCUCCACAUGUUGUAGUGUGGUUAUUGGAUUCAUACAACACUCAAAUACUUAUCAUGGUAUUUCUGGCUAUAAUUUCUAUGCUACUGGCUGGUUUCCUUGCAUACCACACCAAACUGUGUGUCACAAAUACCACAACAAAUGAGACUUUCAAAUGGAAAGAGUACUUAAGCUGGAAGAGGAAGGUUAAUGAAGCAAAGGCAAGUGCAGCAGCACUCAAAGCAAGUUUGGGUGAAUUGAACCAUGAAAAGAAGCACCCUGUGAGCAAAUGGAAAGCCUUCUUCCAAAGGUCCCCUCUUGAAGAAGUGGAGGUUGUGAAGAAUAACAUUUACGAUAGAGGAGUGCUCCAGAAUGUCUUUGAGAUUGUAGUUCCUCUUUCAUCAAGACGGUCAUUUUUACAGAGGAAACCAAAAUCAGGUUAGAGUUGUCAGUUUGUGAACCAUAAUCUCAUAGGGGCUUGGUAGCUCAUCCUUGGUUCAAUGUCUUUAGUAUAAUAGUCAUAUUAGCAAGGAGCUUAAAUGUGAAGAAUAGUCAUUUUUGCCAAACAUAUCACUGACAAGUAUCGAGGAAGGGGGUUAAGUUCGUGCACCGGUGUUGGUUCUUUUUGCUUUUCUGCAGUUGCAGCUAUUGAAUGGAGGUCCUUACUGCUCUUUUUUUUUGUGCAUUCUACUUCCUACUUGUGGUGCAGCCUAGGUUACCUCAUAUUUCUAGGAUGGUUUUCAAUCUGUAUUCGACUUUUUAUACCUCUGUGCUGCUUAGCAGCAGAUUUAAUUAUGUACAAUGUAAUAGGAUGAGAAUGAGUGUGCUAUACGUUUCAAUCCCAAUGUAUACUGUAUCCACCAGCAGUGAAACUGGAAUGCGGAUUGAGUUCAAACGAAUUUUGUGCUCAUGUUGCCAUUAAGAGAAUGUACCCAGCAGCUCAACUUUCUUCAGCUUUUUA